AUGACGGAACAAUUUACAGUCGAUCCAUCCAAAGAUUCAGUUGAUCGUAGAUCAAGUGUUUCUUGUUUAUUAAGACGAUCAUUAUCAAACAAAAUCAACUUGUCAUCACCACCGAUAACUUCAUCAUCUGCCGCAUCAUCAACAGCCUCGUUAGCUGGUUAUUGUAUUGAACUUGGUAACAUUGCUCACUCAUUAAAAUUAGCAACACAUCACUUGUCUUCGGUAGCUAACAAUAACAGUAAUAGCAAUCAAACAUCUGACACAUCAAUUAUUGUUGAAGAUAAUGAAAUAAAUGAAAAUAUUACUGAAUCGCUCCCACUUUCAUUAUCCUGUAGUCUUUCUUUAGAAAAAGAUCAUGAACAUCAGUUAAAUUUUCAGCAAGCACAUCAGACUAGAGAUCCAUCGGAAAUUGAAGACUAUUCAUUGUCCAAUAACGCUGACAAUGCAAAUUUUAACAUAGACACAACACUUUUUGAAGAUUUACUAUCUAGUGGUCAGUAUGUUACAAGCCCAUGUUCCAUUUGUUUUCACGAUACCAUUUCGCCACAACCAGUGUCUUGUUGUUGUUUUCUAAGUUGUACAGCUUGUUGGAAACAAUAUAUCAACACGGCGCUAAGCGAUGGUCGUAUUAAAAUUAGUUGUCCAUCGAAUGAAUGCAAAAAAUAUUUAACAAGAGAAACAAUAAUCAGUUUUAUUCGAUGUGAUCAAGCAUUACAUGAACGUUAUCUUAGUUUGUAUAUAUUAGCAAAUCAAAAUCCCAAAUCUAAAACUUGUCCACGUUGCAAUAAUUUAUACUCACUCGAUAAUUCAUCGGCAAACGCUACAAUUAUUCAGACAACUAAAAAAGUAUUGAAAAAGAAAAAUGAAUAUAAAAAAAUUCCAACACAAGUUCAAUGUAGUGAAUGUUCGUUCAUUUGGUGUUUUCAAUGUUGGGCACCAUGGCAUGACAAUUUAACGUGUAAACAAUUUGCUAAAGGCGAUAAACAAUUGAGAAAAUGGUUAAAUCAAAAGAAUGAUGAACAAUGGAAUGCAAGAAAAUGUCCGAAAUGUUCAUCGCUCAUUCAACGUGCUGGAGGAUGUCCACAUAUGACUUGUCAUGCUUGUAACUGUAAUAUAUUUGGUUGUCCAUACAAUUUUCAUCCUGAAAAACCUUGGCUAAGACGGACUAUACGUGGUCUGAUAGCAUCGAGUUUAGUGAUUACGUCACCUGUCGUUGUUGUGGGAGCCAUCACUGCAGCCGUGACUGUUUUACCACCAUUUGCAAUCUAUCGACUUAUCAAACAUCUUCGAGAGAAAAGAUCAUCGUAUCAUUAUCAAUGGAUAGUGACAGAUGAUCGACAUUUUCAACUACUUAACGAAUUUGAUGAAGAUCAUCCAAUAUAUCCCGAUGAUAUGUUACAAGCAUUACGAGAACAAUUUGAGGGCUUAAUUGAUCAACGCAAUGAAGACUCAGGACAGCUACAAAAUAAUAAUGAUAGUAAUGAUGACGUUUAUGAAACAGUUUAUCAUAGUAAUUUACAAGAUGACAAUGAAGUUUCCGUAUAUGGUAAAUGGAAUUAUGUUUUCUCAAAUAUGGAUGUCGAAAAUUUGUUUAAAGAUUUAAAUAUUGAGUCAUCUGUUACUAUUAAUAAUGAUAAUAAUAAUAAUCCGAAUGCUCGUUUAUGUCAAGAAAUGUUUUGUACAGCUCCAAGCACGCCUGUGAUACAUAGAAACAACGUUAUUAGAAGUAAACUUAAUCGAAGUAAAAGUUUACAUGACGUACUAUCGAAAGAUUGGAAAUUAAGCAGAUCUCAACUUUCAAAUUCAAUCGAUGAACAUUUGCAAUAA